CAAUUGCGCGCGACAACCACCAGUGUCCAAGGGCCCGAAAGGAAGGUGAAGUGACGCAUGGGGAGAGGGGGAACGUGCGCAAUGCUUGCUGCUCUCAGUCCCGUUGUGUGACAACACGGUGCAACCUUUGCGGAAAACGGAGUCGGUGCAGCGGAGUCGAACACGCGAAAAAGGGCACACUCUUUUGUGCUCUCGGAUCGCGAGGUGGACGACGAACGUGCCAGCCAGCCAGCAAGGAAGCCAGGAGGCCUGGUAGCGAGAACGACGCAACCAACGACGCUGCAUAACGGCACGGCACGGCACGGUUCUCUCUGUUCGGUUGGGCGUCCGGAAUCGGAACACACACAGGACAGGCCAUGCCAAGCGGGACAACACCCUAGGCACCCCCGACACCAACCCCAGUCAUGCAUAAUGAGCCCGCCCUGCAGACUGCAAGGGAGAAAUCGCUCCCGAACGGCACCGCCGGUACGACCGCAGUCGGAGCCACAACCGGAGCCAGUGCAGGAGUAUCCGUGCUUCACCAUCCCAACGGCAAUGGUGCCGUACCGGAAACCGGAACGAACCGCACACCGCUCCAUGAGGCAGCGUCCGGUGGCGAUGAGGCGAAGGUGGAAUCCCUGCUGGCCUCCGGGGCCGACCGGAACGCAAAAGAAUCGGUGCACGGUAACACACCCCUACACGAGGCAGCCUGGAAGGGAUACAGUCGCUGCGUGAAUCUCCUUUGUGCGCUCCCGAAACCAGCGAAAGGAGCGACGACCAUCAGCACUCCCGGCGUUAAGGGCCUUUCGCUUGAUCUCCUGAAGGACGCUGCCAAGAUCAAACAUGCGUUGCAUGAUACGAAGGGCGCACUGCACAGUGCACUGCUCGGUACGCGGAACUACGGUGGCUUUUCGGCGCUUCACCUCGCUGCCCAGAAUGGUCACAACCAGAGCUGCCGGGAGAUACUGCUCGCCGGUGGUGAUCCCGAUGUGCAGAACAAUUACGGUGAUACGCCACUGCAUACCGCGUGCCGGUACGGGCAUGCCGGUGCCAUCCGGAUCCUGCUGUCGGCCAAGUGUGACUACGAACGGAUCAAUCUGAACGGUGAUACCGCGCUGCAUAUCGCGUGCGCCAUGGGACGUCGGAAGUUGACGCGCAUCCUACUCGAAUCAGGGUGCCGGCAGGACACGAAGAAUGCUCAGGACGAAACGGCACGCGAUAUCGCGCUACGAAAGAAUCUGGUCGAGAUCAUCAACAUCCUCAACACACCGAUCGAGCUGUCACCUCGGCGAUCACGAGAACGAUCCAGUAGUAGCUCACACCAGCGGCACCAAUCAGGCAACCGUCCACCGGACACCACGGAUGGGAAGCACGGACCCCGCGAAAACGGUCGUGGCCAUCGUUCACGCAGCAAAGAGGAUCCAUCAGCUGCUGCGACCCGUAAAUCGGGCCGACGAAGUAACUCAAAUGACGAACGGAGACCACCAGGUGCAGCGAAUGAAGGGACACCACCGGCAGGCGGAGGUAAUGCGGAAGUUGCCGAUCCGAAGCACUGGUCCCCGUACGGUUGUCACUAUUUCCCGGAUCCACGCAACUUUCCUUCGCCAAAGCUCGAAACGUUACCGAAAGAACCGCUCGGUAAUGGUGAGCAGUACUUUCUCGAUCUGGCCGGCAACAUCCGGAAGGGACCGGUGGGGGUCGGGAAUACCUGCUACUGUGCACCGUUCUUUAAGCAUCUGGAAGCGCGCAUGAACCAGAACCGACGGAGUAUCCGGAAGUACGUGCACCGGGCAACGGAGAAGCUGGACAGCCGGAUGACGGCGCUCGCCAUGCGAACGGAUGAUCAGAUCGAAGAGCUUACCAAAUCGAUGAUCGCUAACCGAGUGCAGUGUGAGAACAAACGGUUACACCUCGAGCAGUGGCUAAAGCGAGGCAUCGCGGAACGAUCGACGACGACAUCGGGCACGGGCGGCACCAGUGGCCACCAGCAGCCACCACCCUCAUCGCACACACCACCCAACAGCAAAACCAAAAAGGACGAAGCAAACACCAACACGCUAACACGGUGCCGCAGUCUCGAGCUGCUCGAUGAUCACGAUCGUGGCAUCCUGAUCGAGGGUGGCCUGGCGGAUCCAUCACAUAAGGCCACCUCUACGCCGACCAAUCAGCAGCAGCAGCACCACCACCAACAUCAUCAUCUGUUUUCGCGCAGCAUCGAUUUCCUCGAUGCGACCACAAUCGAUGACUCACCGGAACCGGCCAACGGUCACCGGCAUCGGUUCCAGCGUCACCAGGGUGGCCUCGAGCUGGACAGUCAUGCGCUGCGGAGUAUGCUACACUAUUCGGCCGGUAGCGCUGGCCAUCAGUCCGAUGCGUUCGAGAGCUCCAACAAUUCGAACAUGAAGAACCAUUCGGAAUCGGCACCGGAAACGCCACCACUUCCGGAUGCACUGGUCCAUCAUCACCAGCAGCGACACCAGCGUGCACGUUCGUCGUCUGUCUCCGGUCGGGAGAGCUACUCGUACUCGUCGGACAAAGAUAAUGAUCGUGAAAAGCAGCAGCAGCAGCAACAGCAGCAGUACGUGCAUGCCAGUAAUGGGGUGACGCACAAGCAGCGAUCAUCGGCCAACACAACACCGACAACCUCAUCCGGGGGCGGUGGUGGUCACCAAGGCCAAGGUGUAGCGAAGAGUGAGAAGGCCAAGGUGACGGAACGGCUCGAGGAGUUGCUGAGCAAAACGAAGAAGAUUCUCGAGCUGGAAAAACUGACCAAAGGUGAUCGAAUCGGACCGACGACGGGAUCACUGAUCGCAGCGACGGCUCCCCAGGGUGGUCCGGGAUUGUUAUCCGACAACCGGUACAUCUUAGCGCUGGAUAAACUGCGGGACAUACACCACCACCAUCAAUAUGAUCCAACGGUUGCAACUGUAACCGGAUCCGGUGGACGAUCAGGCGGACGAUCCGGGCGCUUAGGCCUCUCGGUUGCCUCUUCGGGCUCACCGGGUAGUACCGGACUCGGGUACGACAUCGCACAGGAGAUGGAAAAGAUCACAAAGUCACUGUUACCGGCAGGCACAACGUCGACGGCGACGUCAACCGCACCAGUAUCGCCGGAGAUCGCCAAAGACAUCACAACGCGCAAGGAGCGUCCGACGAGUGUCUACACCUCGUACCAACACCACCAGCAACAGCACCACGGCCAUCGAGUGAGUCGAACGACGACGACGACGACGACGACAACUGGAUCCGGAUCUCCUCUCUCGACGAUGUCCCCGAGUUCUUCGCUGCUCGGUGGACAGCAGCAGAUGGUCGAUGAAGCGCAGCAGCAUAUUGCGACGACAAACUUUAUGUUGGAUCCGACGAGAACGUCCUCCUUGGCGCUCGAUGAAGAAUCGGAACAGGAGCAAGCAAUGGACGGUGAUGGGAGUGGAGGUGUGGUGGUCAAUGGAUUCUACUCCAACAGCUGUUUCGAUGAGACGUUACCGAGCUCGUCGAACACGACCAUCAAAUCGGCUCCUCGAGGACGAUCUGGCUACCGAGAGGAUCAGGAACAAGGCGAGGAAGGUGGUGACAGCGAAAGCGAACCGGCCGAUGAGGACAGAACGGAUGAAGAUGACGAUGAUGAUGAUGAUGAUGAUGAGGAGCAGGAGGAAGAGGAGCAAGAAGGGCAAAGUGAAACGGUGAACGGUGGAAAGGACACAGAAGGAAGCGAUUCCGAUGAUCCAGGUGAUCUGUCGGCGAUGGCGAACCUUGCGGAACUCAAAGAGUUAAAGAGCCGCAUCCUGAAUGGAACCAACUGGCGCAGUCAGGUGCUGCAGAAGAGCGUCCAGGAGUUGCUGGCCGGUGGUGGACGGGAAGAGGACACAGACGGUCCCCCGCCCGAUGAGGAUGACGAUCCGGCAACGGAAACGAACCGCGUUCGGUACAUCAUCUCGAAGCUACAGCAAAGCUGUUCAAUGACCACCGGUUCGUCCAGUGAGCAGAGCGUACGGCCAUUGACCACUGCCGUCCACACGCAGCACCAUGGACCACCGUUGGCCCAGUGUGAGGACUUCUCCGAUAGUAGCGAAGAAGAGGACGAGGACGAGCAUGACGAGGAGUGUGUGGAUGGUCCGUUGCCAAUGAAACAACAUGCGGUUUCCGGUGCAUCGCAACCUCCUUCGAUGGCACCAGGGAAGGUGCAGAUCGAGAUCGGUACGGCCAAGAGUCUGAUCCAGAUGUACGAGCAAUCGAACGGUUCCAUCAAAGUGCCGACGAUCGGUACCGGUGCCAAUCAUUAUCCAGCUCCGCAAGGGAAUGCCGUCCCCAAGGAUGCGUACUUUCAUGAUCUCCCCCGGAAACCGGCCCCGUAUCCGGGUCAACCACAGGAAGUGACGUCGAUAAUGGUGGGUGGUGAGCAGAUGAAUGCAGCACCACCGAUGCUGACCUCACGCAGUCGCAAUCCGUUGCCAUCGUAUCUGCUACAGGAAGGGGAACUGUUCCAGCAGCAACACCAACAGCAAGAGCAUCAUCUUCAUCAUCAUCCGUUGAUGAAUGGUGGUGGUGGUCCUCGGACGCAGCAUCAUCAUCCUCCUCAUCAGCAGCAUCUCGGGCAGCAGCCAGCGUACCAUCAUCACCAAAGCCGACCCCUACCGACGACGAGGACACAGCUGGAUGACGUGGUAGAUGGUCACUCGAUGGGUGGGCCACAGCUGCAGGAACGACUCCUCUCGACGCGCAAAUACAUCAAUCCCGUCACGUUGUCCUCACUCUCCAGCACUGGUACUCCUUCGCCAGAGUUCCCGCUCUACCAUCAUCAACAGCAGCAGCAGCAUCAGCAAGCACAACCGCAACAACUCGCCACCGCUGGUACGGCCAGUAGUAACCACGUGAUCGGUGGCCACUCGCACGCCAUGAUGACGAUGAUGGCAGCGGCGGCAGCAGCCGCAGCUUCCGCUGGCCGCAAAUCGGCCGACAAUCUGUCGAACGAUGAUUCGGGGUACGUCAGUGGGAAGGUAAGCGAAAUCCACAUCCCGAGUGGUGGUGCCAGCCCUCUGCUCUCCCUGCCAACGCCCGCCAUCGGAAACAACGUGAUGAUCAUUCCGCCACCUGCCGUACCAUCUUCCUCUUCGCCGAGACUCUUUGCCAGUAGCAGCAGUAGCUAUGGCGUCGGAGGCCAUCAUCACCAUCAUCAUCAUCAGCAGCAACAGCAACAGCUACUACCGGCCAGUAACAGUGGUGCGCCCGUAAUGCAUCACCGUAAUGGUGGUGGUAGCGUGGUGACAUCGAUCGUACCGCCACCGGUGGGGUUGGGUGGUGUUGUACCGAUGACGUCUGCUGCUGCACAUGCAGCUGUAGAGCAGAAGCAGCAAUCGCUCUAUAAGCUUGGUGCCUCGAGUUUGGUUUAGGUGCGGUGGAGAGGAGCGCCCCGUGAUGUAUCGUAUUCUGUACAGGGAUGGCGAUAGCUGUGGUGGAACUGUUUUUGUUAGUAUUUUUAGUUGGUUAAGAGGCCGAGACGCUAGCGCAUUGAAGAAGUACGAAUUAGCGGUAUAUAGGAGCUAAACGGAGCGUUUAAAUUAUUCUUUUUUUAUGCGUAAAACUAUGGAAGCCAGGAAGCGCCGAGGAU